AGAUAUUAAAUAGUAGUUUUUUGUGCCACAACUCAGAACAGAUAAUUUUAUUCACACCGAUACAUAACAAGUCUCACUAUUUCUCGCUCACCUUAUGCAAAUUGGUAACAAAAAUAGCCAACAGUGCACUUCACUUGAGUAUUUCAAGGCCAAUUCGGACGAUUGCCGGCUAACCAAGUGGGAAAAUAUUAUACAAAUAGCAAAUAGCAGAGGCGAAAGACUGACCGUUAGAGAAGACGACGGAAACGGAAAGUAAAAGCCACGAUCGCGACUGAAGAUUCAAAGGCAGAGACUUACAAACAUGGCCGAGACAAUCAACAACAAGCCGACCAUACAGAUCCGCAGCGGACUGCCCUCGCCCCUGCCGGACAAGAGCCCCUCGCCGGCCACUAAGCUGCUGCUUAACCACGGCAAGCCCAACUUCACCAUCUCCCGGAAGGAGGAGAACGGAAAUGGAAACGUUAGUCCACAGCCGAGCUCCAACAACAACUACAAUGCCUACAGGAGUGCCAACAACAACGUGACCACCGCAAACACCAACAAGUUUAUCGUGGGCACCAAGUUCAAUGGCGUAUUCAAGCCCUCCAAUGGCCUCGCCAACGGCAAUGGCACCUCUGAGGCUGAAAACGAGGCUGCCAAGGUCGUGCUGCGCCGCCCCAAGUUGGCCGCCUCUCCUCCACCCGCCGAGGGCGAGGACGAGAACGUUCCGGAGUUCAUCAGACGCCAGCGACGCAUCCAGGAGCGUUUGGCCAAGGAGAACGUUCUGGACUUUGAAAACCGGCGCAGCGGCUACUUCACGCACGUCAUGAUCUCACCGGACUCCCCCAACCGUACGUCCUUUGUGGAGACCAUGGCCAGUCCCGCCAUAGUGCCCGCCCUCGAGAUCCCAGCUCCAGUCACCGAGCAGGUGCAGGAGGAGAAGGAGCAGGAGGAGCCACAGCCUGUUCCAGUGGCAGCUGCUGUUACCUCAGCCCUGAUUACCGAGCCCGAACCAGAGCCGGUGGUCAGCAACGGUCACAGCGAGGUGGUAGCCACUAAUGGACACUCCGAAGUGGCCCCCGAGGAGGUGGCCAAGGCCAUUGAGGAGGUCAACAAGGCGGUGGCCGGCGAGGAGGAUGAUAAGCCAGAGGCUGAGCCCGUGGAGGAGGUGGUUCCUGCCACACCCACAUCUACCCCGGUUCCAGUCGAUGCCCAGGUUGAGGUAGUGGAGCCCGUGCAAAAUGGUGUGUCGACUCCAACGGAGGAACCUACUACCAAUGGCCAGACGGAGGAGGCCGUUCCCACCACCAAUGGUCAAAAGGAGGAAGCAGCUCCCACCCAGAACGGUCAAAAGGAGGAGGAAGCAGCCCCCACCCAGAAUGGUCAGAAGGAGGAGUCAGCGCCCACCGAAAAUGGAGAGAAAAAGGUGGAGGAGGCCAUUACCAUUUCCCACACCAAUGGCCAAACCAACGACGGUCCCAGCAUACCCGCCCCCGACCCAAGCGGGGCUUUGGGAGUGAACUACGAGCCCAAAACUGUGGUCAGCUUCUCCCAGGAGCUGGGCGGCGGCGAGAACAACUAUCCCGACACCGUGAAAGUGGUUAGUGAUGCUCCUGCCGAGGCCGGAGCCGAUGGAGAGCUGAAGGAGCUGACCAAGCUGAAGUUCGACAUCAAGAGCGACGACCAGAACGAGGUCCAGGUGACGCCUGUCUUGCGAGCGGAAUAGGUGGAUUAGCCGAGGUCCUAGCCAGGAGGAGUAGUGCAAUUUGUUUUGUUAAACAACAAUGGAUAAACAAUGAAACCAUCAA